AUGGGAGUACAGCUUUUCGGACGUAUGGAUUAUCAUUGUGUUCUACCCGGAACCGACCCGAAAAAUGUGACAAUCUCUGAUUUGGCCAUCCCGGAUACAAUGUGCUCAAAGAAAGAGGGAGGCGGUGGCUACGAAUGCCCGGAACAUAUGGAAUGUAUGAAGCUGGAUAUGAGCGCCCAUGCGGAGGGAUUUUAUGGAAUGUUUAAUGAUUUUGCUUCUUCCCUAUUCACCGUCUACAUGGCUGCUUCACAAGAAGGUUGGGUCCUACGUGCUCUACGACUGCUUGGGACACGCUGCCGUUAUGUGGCGUUUUUCUAUUUUGUGACCCUGAUUUUCUUCCUGGCUUGGCUGGUCAAGAACCCGGGAAGUGACAGCGGAGGAUACUUGACACAGAAACUAGAAAGAGGAACCGACGGUUGGCAACUCGUGGAUGUUGAUCAAUAUGCACGAACUGGAAAUACCCCAGAGCUACUUCAUACGUCAAUGCGUCAUUUGUAUACUACCACGAUGAAUCUGACAAAAUCCGAAAAGAAAUUUAUUAUUAUGUCGAGAUCUUCUUCACCGGUCAAUUCAGGUGUUUCGAGUAGUGCGUUUGAUCAAAGCCUCGGCCCAUGUUGGAGGAUUUCGUAUAUAAGAUCUUUGGACCAGGCAAAAUAUGGUGCCAUUUGUGGCCAUAUAUUUCGUUGGGUAUCACUUGCUGGUGACGCUGAUUGUGCUCUCCUUUUCGUCGCCGUCAUUCUCGAUAACUUGGAAAUGGACGAAGAGUUGAAAAAAGUGAAGCAGUUGAAAGCUAGGGAAGAGAACUCAAUGCGAACAACGUUACCAUGGAGAUUGCGAGUUUUCGAUCAAUUCCCUACUCGACCACAAAUGGCUCAUGGAGAAUUUCCACUGCCAAAAAUCCGUCACUCGUUCACAAGACAAUUUGCUGAUGAACCGGAAGAAACAACGAUAACUGAAGAUAAUGAAGAAAUAAUGAUAGAAGGUGAUGACUGCUCAAAGAGACUGAUGGCCUCAAAUAUCUACAGUCAAGCAACCCAUCGCCAUUUGCGGUUACGCCAUAUCGGUCGUAUAUCGGAGCGGAACAUUGUUAAUAGGAUCCUUGACCAAUCGAAUCGAAGUCGCGCCGGUCUCUCGGAUUCAUCCCUUCUCGUGGCCCAUCUAUCCCGUGCCUCCACCCUCAAAGCCAAGCAUAUCUCAUCGCAG